ACAAAUGCGGCAACUAGACGACACUGGACACCUCCAGAUGCUUCUUCUACAACCUUCUAUUGCCUCUUCCCCAAGUUUUCUUCAGUCUUCUUCUCUCGCUCUCUGAAGAGGAACUAUUUUAUAGCUUUGUCCAGAAAGAAAAAAAAAAACUAUUUUCUAGCAAAACCCUAAACCAUUGAGCUUGCUUUUGUGAUUAUUGGGUUCAUUUCAUGGUCAAAUGGCGAGCCGCAGAGCCACAAGACUCACCCAGUCGACUUUGGCUUUGGCGUCCCUGAACGCCUCUAAAGCCUCAAGAAACUCUCUCUCUCAGUCUCGUGCAAUCGCAGUGGCAGCUUCCGCUCGCGCCUUCGGUAGCUCCGUCGCUCCCUUCUCUCGCCCCAACGUCGUUUCAGAGAGCUGUAAUGUCGUUUCAGCCAAGUAUUUGGCAACCGCCUUCACUCGCAGCUUUCACUCUUCCACUCCCAAAUUCUACUCAGCCACAACCUCAUCUCAGGCUAAUCCGAAUGAGUACACUGAGAUGGCUUGGGAGGGCAUUGUGGGUGCUGUUGAUGCCGCUCGAGUUAGCAAGCAACAGGUUGUGGAAACCGAGCACUUAAUGAAAGCGCUUUUGGAGCAAAAGGAUGGUUUGGCCAGGAGAAUUUUCACCAAGGCUGGCUUAGACAACACUACGGUUCUUCAAGCUACUGAUAACUUCAUUGCUCAGCAACCCAAGGUGACGGGUGCCACCUCUGGGCCUAUUAUGGGCUCGCAUCUGAGUGGUGUGUUGGACAAUGCCCGGCGGCAGAAGAAAGACAUGGGAGAUGAUUUCGUGUCGGUGGAGCACCUUGUGUUGGCGUUCCAGUCAGAUACUCGGUUUGGGCAGCAAUUGUUUAGAAAUCUCCAGCUUAGUGAUAAGGAUUUGAAGGAGGCUGUUAAGGAUGUUCGUGGAAGUCAGAGAGUCACUGAUCAAAAUCCUGAAGGAAAAUAUGAGGCCUUGGAUAAAUACGGGAAUGACUUAACUGAACUCGCUAGGCGUGGCAAACUUGAUCCUGUUAUAGGCCGAGAUGAUGAAAUACGACGGUGUAUCCAGAUAUUGUCCAGGAGAACGAAAAACAAUCCUGUUAUUAUUGGUGAGCCUGGUGUGGGAAAAACUGCAAUUGCUGAAGGAUUAGCUCAACGAAUUGUGCGUGGGGAUGUUCCAGAACCGCUAUUGAAUAGAAAGUUGAUUUCCUUAGAUAUGGGUUCAUUGGUUGCUGGUGCCAAGUUUCGUGGGGAUUUUGAGGAAAGGUUGAAAGCUGUGUUGAAGGAAGUUACUGCUUCAAAUGGACAGAUUAUAUUAUUCAUUGAUGAGAUUCAUACUGUUGUAGGAGCAGGGGCUACAAGUGGUGCGAUGGAUGCUGGGAACUUGUUGAAGCCAAUGCUUGGGAGAGGUGAGCUUCGCUGUAUAGGAGCAACUACAUUAAAUGAGUACAGAAAAUACAUUGAGAAGGAUCCUGCACUUGAGCGUAGAUUUCAACAAGUAUUUUGUGGCCAGCCAUCUGUCGAAGACACAAUAUCCAUUCUUCGUGGCUUGCGUGAGCGCUAUGAGCUGCAUCAUGGUGUGAAAAUAUCAGAUAGUGCCCUUGUUUCUGCAGCUGUUUUUUCUGACAGAUACAUUGCAGAACGUUUUUUGCCUGACAAAGCCAUUGAUCUAGUUGAUGAAGCUGCUGCAAAGCUGAAGAUGGAGAUCACUUCUAAGCCCAUUGAAUUGGAUGAGGUAGACAGAGCUGUGUUGAAGUUGGAGAUGGAGAAGCUGUCUGUGCGAAAUGACACUGAUAAAUCAUCGAAAGAAAGGUUAAGCAAGCUGGAAAAUGACCUGGCAUUGCUUAAGCAGAAACAAAAAGAAUUAACCCAACAAUGGGAUCAUGAGAAGGCUCUCAUGACUCGGAUACGAUCAGUUAAAGAAGAGAUUGAUAGAGUAAACCAAGAGAUGGAAGCUGCUGAACGCGACUAUGACCUAAAUCGUGCUGCGGAGCUCAAAUAUGGAACUCUAACAUCCCUACAACGCCAGUUAGAAGAGGCAGAGAAAAACCUUGCUGAGUAUCAGAAGUCUGGAAAUGCUUUGCUUCGAGAAGAAGUCACCGAUCUUGAUAUUGCUGAAAUUGUAAGCAAAUGGACUGGUAUACCCUUGUCAAACCUUCAACAAUCAGAAAGAGACAAGCUAGUUAUGCUAGAACAGGUUCUUCAUAAGAGGGUGAUCGGUCAGGAUAUAGCUGUGAAAUCAGUGGCUGAUGCAAUUCGACGUUCAAGGGCAGGCCUAUCUGACCCAAACCGACCAAUAGCAAGUUUUAUGUUCAUGGGUCCAACUGGUGUGGGGAAAACAGAGCUAGCAAAGGCUUUGGCUGGCUAUCUCUUUAACACGGAAAAUGCUCUUGUCAGAAUUGAUAUGAGUGAGUACAUGGAAAAACAUGCAGUUUCACGCUUGGUUGGGGCACCACCUGGUUAUGUCGGUUACGAAGAAGGUGGGCAGCUAACAGAAGUGGUUCGUCGAAGACCUUAUUGUGUAGUGCUGUUUGAUGAAAUAGAGAAAGCACAUCAUGAUGUCUUCAACAUUUUAUUACAAUUGUUGGAUGAUGGGAGGAUCACUGACUCUCAAGGGCGAACUGUAAGCUUCACCAAUUGUGUGGUGAUAAUGACCUCAAACCUAGGCUCCCACUACAUACUUGAAACUCUUCGUAAUACACAUGAUAGCAAGGAUGCAGUUUAUGAAGUGAUGAAAAGACAAGUUGUUGAGUUGGCGAGACAAACUUUCCGCCCUGAAUUUAUGAAUCGAAUUGAUGAGUAUAUUGUCUUCCAGCCUUUGGACUCAAAAGAGAUCAGUAGUAUUGUUGAGCUACAAAUGAACCGGUUGAAAGACAGGCUAAAGCAGAAGAAAAUUGAUCUUUACUACACAAAGGAAGCUGUGGAACUUCUGGGUACAUUGGGCUUUGAUCCAAACUAUGGUGCAAGACCAGUUAAGCGGGUGAUACAACAGUUGGUUGAGAAUGAAAUUGCAAUGGGAGUCUUGAGAGGGGAUUUCAAUGAGGAAGACUCUCUUAUUGUUGAUGCUGAGGUGUCCCCAUCUGCCAAAGACCUUCCUCCCCAUAACAGGUUGCUCAUCAAGAAACUGGAGAACACGUCUGCUGUCGAUGCCAUGGUUGCGAAUGACUGAUCUCAACUGAUUCCGGUGCUUCGAAUUGUAAAUAAAGCUUAACAAAAAGGUUGGUGUUGUUUUGUUUUAGCUUUCAGAUGUUAAGACAAGAAGUGCCUGCCUGCCUGCCUGCCUGAGUUACGUAUUGUGGUGAGUUGUUUAAAUCUCUACUCUAAUUUCUAACCAAACAAAAGAUCAACAAAUAAGUUUUUUUUA